AUGGAGCAAACGGAAGGCGCGCCAUCAAAUACGACGAUUCAAGAACAGCGCCAAGAAAUUGAGCGAUUGAAACAGUUGACUGGUGCCGAAGAGGUCAAGGUUGAAGGCUCAUUAGCAAAUAAACGAAAGCGUGGUCAGCUCGACAACUCUGAAAUUACCAAAGACUAUAUUGAAUAUGAUUUUUCCAAAAUAGAAGACACCAAGGGUGGUUACCUAGUGGAAGAAAACAGACAAGCAACUGACCUUCGUGAAAAGCCAGCGGAGCGAGAACUUCGUGAACAACAAGAGCGGCAGAAAGCCCUACGCAAAGAACCUUUGAAUUUGGAUCCGGAAACAGCGCCCAAAUGUGAAGACUGUGGAUCCAUUGAGCUCGAUUUGCGAUACUUGGACGUAUUCAAGUGUAAAGUGUGCCAUACUUGUCGUGAAAAGAUACCAGACAAGUAUUCCUUGCUUACGAAAACUGAGUGUAAACAAGAUUACUUACUGACGGAUCCGGAAUUAAGAGAUGCAGAAGUGUUACCACAUCUGUUAAAGGCAAAUCCACACCAACAAGGAUGGUCGAACAUGAUGCUUUAUCUUCGUUUUCAGGUGGAGAAAUUUGCUAUAAAUAAAUGGGGGUCUUUAGAAGAGUUGGAUCGAGAGUUUGAGCGAAGAGAAGUUCAAAAACAAGAACAAAAGGAAAAAAAGUUUGAAAAGCAAUUACUCGAGCUACGAAAGAAAACAAAGACCAGCAACUAUAGUAGAAUGAGCAUACGUGAAAAGAAAAAGCAUAAACAUUCAUACGACGAAGCCUUUGAAAGACCCGAUCAGCCAGGGAUUAUUGUUCAGCGAUGUGAAUGCGGCCUUGAAAUAGAACAGCUGGAAAUUUGA